AUCCAAGUUUCAAAGCUUGUGCCAGUGGAUUCAAGCUCAAGUUCCAAAGCUCCAAAGCUCAAGGAAGCUUGCAAAGUGUUCAACUCAUGUAGCUCGACGCGCAGAGUUAGAGAGGAGUCAGAGGACAAGCAUCCCAACGUGACGGCUCAAGGAUUGUUUCGCUGCUUAAAAUAGUUGACCUAUUGGGACAAGGAGGCUUGGGCGCAUUGCAUUAGUUUGCUUGGAACGGUCGCGCAAGCAGUUGCAGUUGCGAGGUUUCCAAGAAGCAGCACGCACAGCUGGCUGAGUGUUUCUAAGCAUGCCAAGGGGCAAACGUGCGGCGGUGGAGGAGGAGGAAGAAGAGGCGCAGCCCAGGGCCACACAGAAGCAGAGCAGACGAGGAAAGCGGGCCCAAAGGGAUGAAGAGGAAGAAGAACCAGUGAGGGGACAACAGGAAGAGGGCCAGGAGGAAGGGGCCACCGGAAGAGAGGGCGGGGAAGAAACCGCUGAGGAGCUGACGCAGCGCUACACAAGUGCAGCUGAGGCUGUGGAGCUGGAGCCAUUUGGGCUGACUUCAGAGGAAGGGGACAAGUUGGUGGCAGACGUGAUGCGCCUCAUGCUGUUCAAGAAUGGGAGCAAUCCCGGCGUCCCAGUAAAGCGGGAGGACAUUCUCGCCGUGGUAAACAAGACGUACAAGGACCGGCGCGGCACGGCGGGCCACAUCAUCACCCUCGCGCAGGCCAAGUUUGUGAGCAUCUUUGGCAUGGAGAUGAAGGAGGAGCUGCGGGUGGCGCGGAAGAAAGGGCCCAGGCGCGCAGACCCUGGGGAAGGUACGGGCGCCAAGACGUACCUCCUCAAGAGCCUGCUCCCGCUGGACCUCCGGCAGCGCUUCGUGGAGCCCCCCAAGACGGCGUCGCUCAAGGGCUUUGGCGCCGUCAUCCUGUGCUUGAUCCACUUGGCGCAGGAUUCGCUUAGCGAGGCGGCCCUCCACAACUAUCUCUCGAAGCUUGGUGUCAAGGCUGAAGAUGACGCGCACCCCGCCCUGGGCAACGUCGAUGCUGCCAUUCAGGCCCUGAUCAAGCAAAGGCUGAUCGAGAAGGUGGCAGUCCCAGGCGACGAGCCGGAGACGCACUACGUCAUGGGUGACGUCGGCCAGAGUCAGGUCGGGACAGAGAAGCUGCAGGACAUGAUCAAGCAGAUCAUGGGCGAUGCGGAACCUGACCUUGCUGAUGGAGCCGAUGACUAGUCUUUGAGGUGUUCUGUUGCCAACCGUUUGGUUGCUACUUGAGCUUGUUGGGUUCAGGAUUCAAAGAUUAUGUGUUGCCAAAGGUAAUCCAGUAGUCUACAACAUUGCUACGUUCCACGCCCUAGAACCCCACAUUGAUAUUGACAAAUCAAACACAAACCCAAGCGAAUGGUUUCUCUUGAAGACUGCCGGUUGCGAAGAAUCAUAUCAGCAAGAACGAGCAAGGUUUGAACUUCUCAUUGUGUGUAUCGUAGUACAACCAUAAUAUACACAGUUGACCAGCUCUUAUUGUUGGUUGUAUAAAUUCACAAUCCGCCCUGGGGCACCUUGAUC